AUGAAACCAAGGUUACAAAUCAAUUCUGCCGUAUUUCUUAAAUCAAUACAAGGAGAUAGUUUAGGUGCUCUAGUCGAGUUCAAUGGACCACGAAUGACGUCUGCAAUUCGCCUUGCAGGUUCACAUCUUCGUGAGUUACGUAUCCAUCUUUGUCAAAAAAGUUCGGCUUCUGCGGGAGUGCGUGACUUCAUUGAGAACGACUAUGUGGAUUUGAAGAAGGCAAACCCUCACUUUCCUAUCCUCAUCCGCGAAUGUUCUGGGAUCGUCCCACGUGUAUUUGCAAGGUAUGAACAUGGAGUCGAACGUUGUGUUGUUCUCGAGGAUUUGCCAAGAGAGAAAGUCGCAUCAGCAAUUAAAGAGCUGUCAGCUCUCAGCUAG